AGGCGGGGAGGCAGGACGGGAGAAAGAACUGGAAGAGGGAAAGCCGCGUAGGUGGGAGCGAAGCGAGGGUGGUGGGGAGACCCGCGCCUUUGCAGAUGAGGAGGGGGCGGCUUUCAUAACUAAUACCCCCGCUGCGCCCCCGCUGGGGUCUCCACAGUGUCCUGCCUGUCCCCACUCCUCGCUGAGAGCUCGGCUCCUCCCCGCCGCGUAGCGGGGAGCCCGGCUGCCUCGCGUGCUCGGGGCGGGCCGGCGGACUGCACCGUGGUUCCCUAGCCCGGGUGCGGGACGAAAGCGCGGGGCAGAGCGGCUGCCGCGGACCGAGAAAGGGCUACGAGCGAAGCGGUGCCGUGGACGAGUUAGAGCCGGGGCAGGGGAGUCGUGCGGGGCUGAGGCGAGUGUGUUUUGUGGACGGCACCUUCCCAGACAGCUCAGUAGAGCCCAGCUCGGCGCCCGGCAGCCUUCGUCGCGAUGUUCCGCCGGAGCUUUAAUCGUUUUUGUGCUGGAGAAGAGAAAAGAGUUGGUACACGUACAGUGUUUGUUGGCAAUCAUCCAGUUUCAGAAACAGAAGCUUACAUUGCACAAAGAUUUUGUGAUAAUAGAAUAGUCUCAUCUAAGUAUACACUCUGGAAUUUCCUCCCAAAGAAUCUGUUCGAACAGUUUAGAAGAAUUGCAAAUUUUUAUUUUCUCAUCAUUUUCCUUGUGCAGGUCACAGUAGACACACCGACUAGCCCGGUUACCAGUGGACUUCCACUUUUCUUUGUUAUAACUGUUACAGCCAUCAAGCAGGGAUAUGAGGAUUGGCUAAGACACAGAGCUGACAAUGAAGUCAACAAGAGCACUGUUUACAUUAUUGAAAAUGCAAAGCGAGUGAGAAAAGAGAGUGAAAAAAUCAAGGUUGGUGAUGUAGUAGAAGUACAAGCAGAUGAAACCUUCCCCUGUGAUCUUAUUCUUCUAUCAUCCUGCACUAGUGAUGGAACCUGUUACGUUACUACAGCCAGUCUUGAUGGGGAAUCCAAUUGCAAGACACAUUAUGCAGUACGGGAUACCACUGCACUGUGUACAGCCGAGUCCAUUGAUACCCUCCGAGCAGCAAUUGAAUGUGAGCAGCCUCAGCCUGACCUCUACAAGUUUGUUGGACGAAUCAAUAUCUACAGUAAUAGUCUUGAGGCGGUUGCCAGGUCUUUGGGACCUGAAAAUCUCUUGUUGAAAGGAGCCACACUAAAAAAUACCAAGAAGAUAUAUGGAGUUGCUGUUUACACUGGGAUGGAAACCAAAAUGGCUUUGAACUACCAAGGGAAAUCUCAGAAGCGUUCUGCUGUUGAAAAAUCCAUUAAUGCCUUCCUGAUUGUGUAUUUAUUUAUCUUACUGACCAAAGCUGCAGUAUGCACUACUCUAAAGUAUGUUUGGCAAAGUACCCCCUAUAACGAUGAACCUUGGUAUAACCAAAAGACUCAGAAAGAGCGGGAAACUUUGAAGGUUUUGAAAAUGUUCACUGACUUCCUGUCAUUUAUGGUUCUAUUCAACUUUAUCAUUCCUGUAUCCAUGUAUGUCACGGUAGAAAUGCAGAAAUUCUUGGGCUCCUUCUUCAUUUCAUGGGAUAAGGACUUUUAUGAUGAAGAAAUUAAUGAAGGAGCCCUGGUUAACACAUCAGACCUUAAUGAAGAACUUGGUCAGGUGGAUUAUAUAUUUACAGACAAGACUGGAACACUCACUGAAAAUAGCAUGGAAUUCAUUGAGUGCUGCAUCGAUGGGCACAAAUAUAAAGGUGCAGCUCAGGAGACUGAUGGACUCUCUCAAACUGAUGGACCCUUAACGUAUUUUGACAAAGCAGAUAAGAACCGAGAAGAGCUCUUUCUGCGUGCCUUGUGUUUAUGUCAUACUGUAGAAAUUAAAACAAAUGAUGCUGUUGAUGGACCUACAGAAUCAGCUGAAUUAACUUACAUGUCCUCUUCACCAGAUGAAAUAGCUUUGGUGAAAGGAGCUAAAAAGUAUGGGUUCACAUUUGUAGGAAUUCGGAAUGGCCAUAUGAGAGUGGAGAACCAAAGAAAAGAAAUAGAAGAGUAUGAACUUCUUCACACCUUAAACUUCGAUUCUGUCCGUCGUCGUAUGAGUGUCAUUGUGAAGACUCAAGCAGGAGACAUACUUCUCUUUUGUAAAGGAGCAGACUCAGCAGUCUUCCCCAGGGUGCAAAAUCAUGAAAUUGAGUUAACUAAAGCCCAUGUGGAACGUAAUGCAAUGGAUGGGUAUCGGACACUUUGUGUAGCCUUCAAAGAAAUCGCUCCAGAUGAUUAUGAAAGAAUUAACAGACAGCUCAUCGAGGCAAAAAUGGCCUUACAAGACAGAGAAGAAAAAAUGGAAAAGGUUUUUGAUGAUAUUGAGACAAACAUGAAUUUAAUUGGAGCCACUGCAGUGGAAGACAAGCUGCAAGAUCAAGCAGCUGAGACCAUUGAAGCUCUGCAUGCAGCAGGUCUGAAAGUCUGGGUGCUUACUGGGGACAAGAUGGAGACAGCCAAAUCGACCUGCUAUGCGUGCCGCCUCUUCCAAACCAGCACUGAGCUCUUGGAACUGACUACAAAAACCAUCGAAGAAAGUGAAAGGAAAGAAGAUCGAUUACAUGAGUUGUUGAUAGAAUAUCGUAAGAAGUUGCUGCAUGAUUUUCCUAAAAGUACUAGAAGCCUUAAAAAAGCAUGGACAGAACAUCAAGAAUAUGGAUUAAUCAUCGAUGGCUCUACAUUGUCACUCAUAUUAAAUUCUAGUCAAGACUCCAGUUCUAACAAUUACAAAAGCAUUUUCUUGCAGAUAUGUAUGAAGUGCACCGCAGUGCUCUGCUGUCGGAUGGCACCUUUACAGAAAGCCCAGAUUGUCAGAAUGGUGAAGAAUUUAAAAGGCAGCCCAAUAACGCUGUCAAUAGGUGAUGGUGCCAAUGAUGUUAGUAUGAUCUUGGAAUCCCAUGUGGGAAUAGGUAUAAAAGGCAAAGAAGGUCGGCAAGCAGCCAGGAAUAGCGAUUAUGCUGUUCCAAAGUUUAAACAUUUAAAAAAACUGCUCUUGGCUCACGGACAUCUAUAUUAUGUGAGAAUAGCACACCUUGUACAGUAUUUCUUCUAUAAGAACCUUUGUUUCAUUUUGCCACAAUUUUUGUACCAGUUCUUCUGUGGAUUCUCACAACAGCCACUGUAUGAUGCCGCUUACCUUACAAUGUACAAUAUCUGCUUCACAUCCUUACCCAUCCUGGCCUACAGCCUGCUGGAGCAGCACAUCAACAUUGACACUCUGACCUCAGAUCCCCGAUUGUAUAUGAAAAUUUCUGGCAAUGCCAUGCUACAGUUGGGACCCUUCUUAUAUUGGACGUUUCUAGCUGCAUUUGAAGGGACAGUGUUCUUCUUUGGGACUUACUUUCUUUUUCAGACUUCAUCCCUAGAAGAAAAUGCAAAGGUAUAUGGAAACUGGACUUUUGGAACCAUUGUUUUUACAGUCUUAGUAUUCACUGUAACUCUGAAGCUCGCCUUGGAUACUCGUUUCUGGACAUGGAUAAAUCACUUUGUGAUUUGGGGUUCUUUAGCCUUUUAUGUAUUUUUCUCAUUCUUCUGGGGAGGAAUUAUUUGGCCUUUUCUCAAACAACAGAGAAUGUAUUUCGUAUUUGCUCAAAUGCUGUCUUCUGUAUCUACAUGGUUGGCCAUAGUUCUUCUAAUAUUUAUCAGCCUUUUCCCUGAGAUUCUCCUGAUAGUAUUAAAGAAUGUAAGAAGAAGAAGUGCCAGGAGAAAUCUGAGCUGUAAAAGGGCAUCUGACUCAUUAUCCGCCAGACCUUCAGUCAGACCUCUUCUUUUACGAACAUUCUCAGACGAAUCUAAUAUAUUGUAACAGAAUCCGAAUCUUGAACUGCCUAUGUUAUUGUCCUACAAGCAUAUUGACAAUGGUUACAGCUAAAAAAGAAAGCAGGAAGAAACAACUACAAAAAGUUAUCAUCUCAGGAUACUCAAUAUGCAACAAAUUAAACCACUCUCUUAUGUCUAGGGUUCAGAAUCAAUGUCCAUUAAAAUACCAAAUGACUCUCUUAAGCAUUUACAGUUAUUGUUAAGUAGCCGUUAUGGCCAAAGCUCUUAAGUUAUGAAUCAUGUGAAAGUUGAAAGCACGAAUAAUUAGAAUUUCUGGCUUUAGAUAGAAUAAUAUAACUACCCAAUGGGUGCUCCUUUAACCCAUGAACUCUGUGAAUGGAUCUAAAUAUAAUAGUAUAAAGUAGAAGUCAUACAAUGGGAAUGAAUAGACUUUGCUAAUCUUACUCUUUUUGCCUGGCAGAAGAAAUAGGCUGUUUGGAUCACAUUUCUUGUUCCUGCUGAAUGAUCAUCUUAAAUUAUUUUUUUUCAAAUAUAUGAAAGGAAUACUUGAACAUACAAGAAGACUAAAUGGUUAAUCUUUUCUGUUCACCCACAUGCUAAUUUUGUCUUCAUAGACUAUCCUUGCCCAAAAAAUACCUUGAACCCUUAUGUGGAAAGAACGUUCAUCCUGGAUAUUUUUGUGAGAAUCAAAAAAAUCGCUCAUUUUAUUUUUGUUCUUCUGAAUUAAAUCCCACUUGAUGGGUGUGUGGCUACUAGAUUUGAAAAUAAAAACAUUUCCAACCGCUUAGUAAGUAGCCCAUCAAGAGAGUGAAGAUAUAACAGAUUUUUUUCCAAUAUUAGUUUUACUGGGAUCUGAGGUGAGAUAGGCAAAACCAUAGUUACAUAAAAAAUAAAGCCAUCUGAACAUCAAUCUUCUAUAAUUUUUUGUGGAGAGGGAAAAAAUAGCUUAUAACUGUUAAUGGUUAUUUUUUGAAAGAGGCUGCCUUUGUGCAUAUAUGCAGCACUUUUUUUUUUUUAACUUGCCAAUUUGGGAAAGAGGGAUCCAUCCCAAGACGGUGGUGAUUCAGCUGCAGAGCCGUGAUUGUGAACAUGAAUGUUUUCUCAGCAAACAUGGUUGGGUGAUGGUCUAACUUUAAACCAUGAGAUUCACCUUGGUAAAGUCCUCAACUUACUGGACUAGAAGGGGGCUUUAGCCUCCUAAUGAGUUCACUUAAAAACAUAAACAUAAAUGUGAAAUGUCUUUAUUAAAUGUUAAACACUUUUUUUGGAUAUAAAUGGCUACAUUUGACUACAAGAUUGAAAUGGGCUCUUAAAAAGUGUUUUCAGGGGCGCAUGGCUGGCUCAGUCAGUGAAGCAUGCGUCUCUUGGAUCUCUCGGGGUCAUGAGUUCGAGCCCCACAGUGGGCAUAGAGAUUACUUAAAAAAAAAAAAAAGUGUUUUCAUACCUGUUCCCAUUUUUGGUUGUCUUUCUGGCAUGCCUGUACUAUUAUUAGUGUUUAUAUCAUACCUUGAUUUAGAAAAGUAUUGAAUUCAAUCUAUACCAGUGUAUUUAUAUGGUCCACAUGGCACAUUUGAUUCUUCCAUAUAUAUUUUGUGUAAUGUUUAGGUGUAAUUUUUCUUAAAUUCCAGGAAGGACAGAAUUUCAGUUAUCAGAAACCUAUCCAUCAUUAUGCCCCUUUUUCAUUAUUUCAUUUGUUCUCACCUAUCAGUAUUAUUUUUGAGUAUUUUGUUAGAUGUCAUUCACAGCUUACCCAAGUGUGCUGUGUUCUGGUCGCCUAUAUUUGAGGUAAUCUACUGAAAACAAAGUCUGUGUAUUCUUUGCCUAUUCCAAAGAGCUUAAAAAAAAAAAUCAGACCCAGGAAAGCUUUUGAUGUUUUUUGUUGUUCUUGUUCGUGGUCUGGCCGUUGCUGUGUUGUUUCUGUUGUCUCACAUAAGUACUGUAGGGACUGUGAAUACAAAUGAGAGAGCCACAAUAUAGAGAGAGGCUCGUUGAGCGCAAACCAUUGAAGAUUGCCAUAAUCAGAACAUCCAGGGCAGUGGAAAUGUAACUGGUGGUAUGUAAAAUUCCUCGCAGCCAGGAAGAAAGGUGACUAAGGGGGAUUUAAAGUCCUGUCACAGCUACACGUUACACUGUAGCUCAAAUUCACGAUGGUGAAAUCAUGGCCUAGAUCCUUGAGAGGGACCUGACUUUCCUUUUUGAAAGAUAUUUUAUUAAUGAGCUAAAAAAUGGCUAGCAUGGGUUAGCAGAUGUAAUCACUCGAAGUAAGCCUUCUCACAGUAUUCCUAGCACUACAAGCUAACCACCUUAUUUUGUGACAGAGAAUGGGGGAAAAUGUAAUAAUGGGAUCACAUACCCAUCAUUUGAACAACUUUGAACUAUCAAGAUGUCCUUGUAAUUUUCACAACUGUUGUCCUUUGUUUGAAGGUGUAACCUACUAAACGUAAAACACAGAUUCUGUAUCUACAACAUCUACACCAGCAACAGUAUAAAUGUAGGCCUAAAUUUGCAAAAUUCAUAAUAAUUUAGUGAUGGAAUUUUUUAAUAACAUGCAGUAUAUAAAUGUGCAGAUUUUAUGCAAGUGUUAACAAAAUCAUUUUUCAGCUUGCAAAAUGGGACUGCAAAAUUACAUUUUUCACUUAAGCAAUUUUUUACAUCUAUGUCGUUGCUUUCUAUAAUGACUGUGAAUGCCAUCUUUUAUGAAUGCAACUUGCCUUUUUCAUUACAGAAAUUUUUGUUUGAUGUAUCAAUAAACUUUGGUAUGAUAUGAUUGA